UUCUCUUGUUGCCUUUCUGUUUUGUUUCCUGGCCCUACCUAGACCAAGACCAGAGCAACUGUCGUGAAUCGAGGCGCAUUCGUUCCUGCCGCUAUUUUGUUCCGCGAGCCCACGAUUAAGCUCGGAAGGACCGCCUCUAUUGCAUGCUCAAUGAAGUCAAGCUAACCCUGCGUCAAGCUGCCGUCUCAUCUCGCACUUGUUCCCUCAGCACCUUUUACACCAUCAGCCACCAACAUUGCAGUAUACUCAGCGAUAGUGCUACAAAGCAGGGGCCGGCUGUUCAAGUUAGCCACCGCAGCAGAAAUUAUUUCGACGGGUCUGGCGCUAGAAACCUGAAUUUACUUGCAGCUGCCUUGUAUCCCAAGUGAAUCGGUCAAGAACCUAGGAGCCACCAUGUCCAAAGAAAGCAAUCGGGACGUAUCGCCCGACGGGCUCACCUCCUCGCCUCCAGAUAUCCAGCAAAAUGGAGGUAACGGCACUCAACUGCGGACACCACUCCGAGACUUUCGACAAUGGUUCGGCGGACCUGGAGUGACCAUCGGCCCCCGCAUCACUUCAGUUGUUGUGCCCUCGGUCGAAUCCGACUCGGAAGCCGGCUCUGAGCUUGUGCAAAAACAGAUUGACAGCGAAGCAAAUGCGGGCAUCCAAUACCGCACAUGCAGUUGGCAAAAGACGGCAGCACUGCUCUUCUCCGAGUAUAUCUGCCUGGCCAUCAUGAGCUUUCCUUGGUCGUAUAGCAUACUUGGACUUGUGCCUGGGCUCAUCUUUACUGUGUUCGUUGCACUUGUAGUGCUUUACACGUCACUGGUGCUUUGGGAGUUUUGUCUACGCCAUCCCGAGGUUCGCGAUGUUUGCGACAUCGGGCAGAUGCUUUUCUGGGGCAAGAAAUGGGCGUGGUAUGCCACAGCCGUCAUGUUUCUACUCAACAACACGUUCAUCCAAGGUCUCCACGUGCUGGUGGGCGCAAAAUAUCUCAACACGAUGACUGGUAGAAGUGAUUCAGUUCAGUGUCAGACGGUUAGUUUUGGCAUCAUCGUCGCCAUUGUCUGUUGGCUGUGCUCCCUUCCCCGAACCUUUAGCAUGUUGAGCAAGCUCGGCACGGCAUCGGCUGCUUUUACCUUCAUCUCAGUUCUCCUUGCUACCAUCUUUGCCGGUAUCCAAGGAGACCCAGCCGGAUUCGAUCCGAGGGAUUCGUAUACUACCCCAGCCGGGGUGGCCAAGGUUGGCGGAAAUCCAAUCGUCACGGCUUUCCCAACGGCCAGCACCACUUUCGUCAUGGCCACGACUGCUUUCCUUAAUAUCAGCUACACGUUCAUUGGUCAGAUAACACUGCCAAGCUUCAUUGCUGAGAUGAAGGAUCCUAGAGACUUUCCCAAAGCCCUCUGGGCCUGCACCAUUGCCGAAAUCUUCGUCUUCAGCAUCGUCGGGUCUGUCAUCUACGCUUAUACGGGCAAUCAAUACAUGACGUCGCCCGCAUUUGGUUCGCUCCAUGAUGUCUACAAAAAAGUUUCAUUCUCCUUCAUGAUACCUACAAUCAUCUUCCUGGGAGUCUUGUACGCCUCGGUCUCGGCAAGGUUCAUAUUUUUCAGACUAUUCGAUGGCUCGAGGCACAAGAGCGAACACACUGUGCUGGGAUGGUCCGCUUGGGCUGCAAUUCUUUUCACGACUUGGAUUCUUGCCUUUAUCGUCGCCGAGGUCAUCCCUUUCUUUUCUGAUCUCCUGUCCCUCAUGUCAUCGCUGUUUGAUAGCUUCUUCGGCUUCAUAUUCUGGGGCGUCGCUUACUUCCGCAUGCGCCGCGCCGACCGUCGCAAAAACCCCGACGAGCAACAGACAGCCACCGGGAUUGCGCUCAGUGCGCUCAACGUCUUCAUCAUCCUCAUCGGUGUAUUCUUCCUCACCGUUGGCACUUAUGCCACAGUACAAAGCAUUAUCGAUUCGUUCCAUCUAGGCGCAGUUGGAACUGUGUUUACAUGUGCGAGUAACGCUCUUUGAUCAUGGGCUGGAGUUCAUAGGCUGGCUUGGUAUCCUGCAAGGAGGGAGAUGUCGGAUAUGCGUACGCGGGAAACGUUUGUUAUACCCACCGUAGGGCGUUUUGGGUUUACAUAUCUCAUUCGCCUCGUGGCAGCUCGGGCCAAGGUCUCUGUUGCCACCGGAACCCAAUAAUUUUAAACAGUGCACGCUGAUCAAGCUCUGAGCAUGUUAUAUGCAUGAGAAGUACCGAUUAAUCCGCCUAGAUGCCAUACCUCAACCAUGUGUUUUUACACCAGUUUCAAGUAUUUUGUC